AGAUGGCGCACGCUGUACACGAAGAUGAGAUUUUUGCCAGCUUGUAGGAGAGGCCGGAGCGGAGAAACGAGAGUGGCAGACAGACGGCAGACAACCAUUUACUCGUCGAUAUUGGUGAUAAAGUGGCAUCCGCUUCUGCUCAACGCAUCCAGCGAUCCACUUGGCGGCCGGUCUGAGGCAAAUUUUGGCACUAGCUGCCUGCAGGUCGUGCAAAGCGUCAGGUGGAGCGACGAGACAGAAUCCAAGCCAGUUUGGAAUGAUUGUUUAAGGAAUAACCUUCUUCGCCUAGCAACGUAUAAAUGCGUUAAAUGAGCUUUGCAACUACACAAACAUAGUCAUUGACAGCUUCCUCUGUUUGCUGAACUUGCUGAUUGUGUAUUCAUGCGUGAUGAUGAAAUUUUAACGACAAUGCAUUCACACGAGGGAAUCAAGUCGGCAAUUUGGAAUUGCCUGAAUAGAUAUGACACCGAAAACGCAACUUUCCUGGCAGAAAGGUUGUGCGCACAAGUGCAGAGCAACAGCGGCGAGGCGCAGUACCUCUUAGCAACUUGCUACUACAGAUCUGGAAAGCAAGUGCAAGCGUGUGAUAUUCUGAGGAAGACAAGUGACUCGGCAGAUAGCAAACUCUUGCUGGCCAAGUGUUAUAUGGACUUGAAAAAGAUCAAACAAGCAGAAAACGCGCUUUUGGACGGAAAUGUGUGGCAUUUUAAACCUGUGUUUGACCAGCUAGAGGAGAUUGAGAAGACCUUCGGUGACUCGGCAUGCUUCGCCCUUCAGUUGCUGGGCAAGAUUUACCAAGAAACGCAGCGGAUGGAUCAGGCCAAACAAGCGUACAGCUAUUGCCUCCGGCUCAACCCUUUUCUCUUCGUUGCUUACCAGAGUUUGUGCGAUCUCGGCGAGAAGCCGGAUCCCAAAGAAUACUUUCAGCUGCGGCCCAACCACAAGGUGUCCGCCCUCACGGGCAGCGCCGCUAAUAACAACUUCGAAUUGAACCUGGGCAAGGAGACCACGCCUGCUUCCUUCAUCUUCCCACAGAAGCUGACCUUUGGCUCCGAGUCGUCCAUCGAGAGCAACUCCAAACUGUCCAACUUGUCUAUCAUUACUAGGAGUAGGCUAGCAAGACUGACCAGAGGCCAAGACUUACUCAGCCAAGGCCAGAACACUUUCGGUCGGCCCGACUCGUCACCAGACUCGAUAGCCUCGCAAAAUUCAACACCAGAUGAGUCUCCAGUUAUCACGCCCACCAUGUUUGGCGGCUCCAACAUAGGCCACUUGCCAGCUGCACCUUCCAAGAAAUUAAAAAACCGCAGAGAUCAUGAUUCGCCACUCCAGCAGUCAAAGCCUUUCGUGAUAAAUCAAGCCAACAAUUCGACCACUUCCUCCUUGGGCACGUCUGCUCUGAACCUGACGCCGAGUCCUGGUCCGAGCACCACGAGCAGUCAGCAGCGAGUGAGAAGGAGCACUCGGCUCUACACCAACAGCAACGGCUCCGUGAAGGAAAACGAGAAGAGUCUGACAAGCAGUAAAAAGGCAGCAGCGCCCAAGUCGCCCCGCUCUGGCCGCAAGAGCAGCUCAACCAAAACUCAAUCUGCGAAAACCACGGAAAUGAACGAGAAGAACCUCAUUGAAUCCUCCUGCUACCCGAGUGUGGCGCAGGAGCCGAGUCUGCUGCACAGCCACAGCAUCAAAGAGUUCCUCAGCAUCCUGCGACAGAUCGGGCAGGCGUACCAGUACCUCGCCCACUACGACUGCAGGAAAAGCAUCGAGAUUCUCGACCAACUGCCAGACAAACACUACAAAACCGGCUGGGUGCUGUGUGCCAAGGGCAAAGCCUACUACGAGUUGUCUGACUAUAAAACGGCUGUGAAAAUAUACGAGGAGUGCAGGGAGCUGGAACCAUCGCGCCUGCAAGGAAUGGAGGUCCUCAGUACUGCUUACUGGUACCUUGAGAAUGAGGUUGCACUUUCGGCGCUGUGCCAUGAAAUGCAGGAGAUCAACCGGAACAGCGUGGAAACCUGUCUGGCGCUGGGCAACUGUUUCAGCCAGCAGCGCGAGCACGACACGGCCAUCAAGUUCUUUAAGCGGGCGGUGCAGUUGAACGACAAGUGCGCCUACGCGUUCACCCUGCUGGGCCACGAGCAUGUGCAGACGGAGGAGCUCGAGUGGGGCCUGACGUGCUUCCGCACGGCCAUCAGGCUCGACCUGCGGCACUACAACGCCUGGCUCGGCCUCGGCUCCAUCUACUACAAGCAGGAGCGCUACCAUCUGGCCGACCUGCACUUCAAGAAGGCCUACGCGAUCAACCCGCACAGCUCGGUGGUGAUGAAUUUUGUCGCCGUGUCGCUGCAGGCGCUCAAGAAGUCGGACGAGGCCAUGAAGAUCCUGAACAAAGCGAUCAGAGCUAAUCCAGAGAACCCUAUAUGUAAAUUCAACAGAGCCAAGAUUUUGUUUGCCAAUGAAAAAUACGAAGAGGCACUCAAGGAGUUGGAGGAGCUGAAAGAACUUGUGCCUAAGGAAGCUCAGGUGUACUUCUUGACUGGAAAGGUCCACGCUAAGCUGGGCAACACUCAUUUGGAACUGAUGCACUUCUCCUGGAUGAUGGACCUGGACCCCAAAGGGGCUAACUCACAAAUAAAAGAGGCGCUGGAUCCCGCCUUGAACCGAACAGUGGCUUCCGUAGCGAGUCAGAGCAGCGGCUUGCUGGACGCCAACGACGCAGCCAUGGCAACAGAUCCACCGCCGAACGACUCUCUGCAAGAGGCUGCUGGCAUUGGAAACGUGAUGAAUAUGGACGAUAUGCACGAAUCAAGUGAUGAGAGCCUUUAAAUUAGGAUGUGCCAAUUGCAAUCAAACUGAUUUCUAUAUCAAGUUAGUUGAAAAACCCGUGGAAGGCAGUAAAUAUGUGUAUUUUUUUUUGUUUGGAUUAUGUCUGACUGAUCGCGUCUAGAGAAAGAAAGAAUAUCAUUCUAUGUAUUCAGUUGUGCGUGGAUUUAUGCUAAGAACUUCUUGUUUCCCUGAGUAUCCUUUGUGAACAAAUUCUUUAGAUGUGUCCAGGAGAAAUGAUUAAAGCAUCCUAUUAAUAUAUAAA